AUGAAGAUCCGGAUUGCGACGUCCCGGGAGGAGAAAGUGACGGAAUUUCUGACCUGUGUGAUCUGCCAGGAUCUCUACACAGACCCGUGUACACUGAGGUGUGAUCACACAUUCUGCAGGAAAUGUGUCAACUCAUACAUCGACAACAGACCAGAUGCUGUACAGUCCAAGACCAUCCCCUGUCCCUGCUGUCGACAAAAUACCAAGGUCCCCGACCCUAGGAGGCCGGUGGAGGAGUGGGCGAGGCAGAUCAAAGCCAGCAUCAUUAUACAGGGGCUGAUUGACACACAUGAACCGUCUACAAGUAAUACAGGUUCUUUUUCGGGCUGCUCGCAAUGUGAGAAGUUAGGGGUCACAGCUUCAGGAGCAUUAUGUUGCUCAGUGUGUGAAGUGUUCCUCUGUGAGAGAUGUGUCAAGAUGCAUCGUGCAAGUCCAGCAUCACAUGACCAUGAAAUAUGUGACCUUUCAGGAGAGGUGAAGGUCAAAAGACGCAAGGUUGUAUGCAGGGAACACAAGGGUGAGGUUAUAAAGUUCGUCUGUAAAGACUGUCAGAAAGCCGUGUGUCAGACAUGUUGCGUUGUUUACCACGAGAAAUGUGAGUCUGUCGUUACCAUGGAGUCCGUGAUGCCAACCAUAAAGUAUCACUUGAGAAAGAACGUGAAUGAAUUGUCAAAGAAAAUAGAGAGAAACCAAAUGCUGCUUCAGAAAAGGCACACACAAAUUACUAGAAUAGAGAAAACUAAAGUAGAUAUUGAAAACCACAUCAAAUCUGCUGUUGAGAGAGUCAUCGCCAGCAUCAGACAAAAGGAAAAACAGCUGAUGAAUGAAGUCAAGGACAUUACAGAUAAACAAACACAGCAACUUAAGGCAGAUAUUAAACUUGAAGAGAUCGAGAUGCAGAUGUACAGACAACAUUGUGAGUUCAUUGACCAGGCCUUGGUAUCGGACUGUGAGAUGGACCUGUAUGACGCGUAUCAGGCCUGGGAGUCUGGAGCUGUAGAGAUUGAGGAUGUCAGGGAUACAGAGGCAGCAGACACCCGGAGAAUAGAUGACGUCAUCUUUACACCUGACACUGACAACUUCUGA